AUGAAGAGAAUGACCUGGGGCCUUCUCCUCACACGGGCAGGCCUGCCUGCCUUGGAAGCCAAUGACCUGGUGGAUAAAGACAGUCCCUUCUCUUAUGACUGGGAAAGCCUGGAGCUGGGUGGGAUGAUUGUUGGAGGGCUCCUGUGCAUCGCUGGAAUUUUGAUAGCUCUAAGUAGAAGCUGCAAAUGCAAGUACAGUAAGAAGCACAGCCCCUUACCUGAGAAAGCCACUCCACUCAUCACUCCAGACCCUGCCAGUACCUGCUGAGCACAGGACCAGCUUUGUGGCACUCUCCGUACCAGCUCCCAUGCUGUUCC